ACUGAUCAUGUGACUGGAAAUCGGAGGCUGAGGGGAUUAGAGGCGUGGGGUAUAAAGGCCUCGCCCCGACUGCGGCCAGCACAACCUCCAGGAGAAGCACCGCGGAGCCCGCAGCCGAGACAAGAGCCCAGACGAGAGCCGCAGACCAGGGACAUCUGCGACCACAGACCCUCGCAGACAUGAACGCCAGCCCCCCUGCAGGAAGCGCACUGGCCAACAACGGCGUCACCGGGCCCACCACCCCCAAGAAGGGCCCCCCCAAAUUCAAGCAGAGGCAGACCCGCACCUUCAAGAGCAAGGCUCCCAAGCCAGGCCAGAAGGGGUUUGGUGACGACAUCCCCGGCAUGGAGGGUCUGGGCACCGACAUCACAGUGGUCUGCCCAUGGGAGGCAUUCGGAGACAUGGAGCUCAGCGACUUGGCCAAAUACGGCAUCAUCUAAAGGUGCCGCACCUGUCCGCGCUUUCGCCCUCUCCUGCCUUCUGCUCCUCACCGUGGCACGCCAUGAUAAGACAGGCCACGCCCCCUAAGGCCCUCUCGUCUGUCUACCUCUCCACUGCGUGGAAGAAUCAUGUCUUAAUUUAUAUAUUAUUAUCAUAUCAUACUGAGUGCAGUAUAUCUAUACUUGAUACGACGAGAAACCGCCCUCCUCCCUCCAGCUAACGUAGCUCCUCCCCUUCCCCUCUCUCACCUCGCUCCCCCCCGAUCUCUCGCCCCGCGGCGAUGGAUGUCAGCAGCUCUAGCUUUGCUUCUAGCUGUCGUGUAAAUACUUUGUCACUUUUUUACUUCCCUGCUCUGUCAUUGCUGCUCUGGUCGGCCGGUCGCGUGUCAACACCUGUGGAGAGGAGAGUGUGCGCCUCCACACUCAGGUGUCUGCGGAGGAGGAAGGUCCUAAAUGUUCUCUCACUAGCGCUGUUCUCGCUGCUCCUAGAGGAAAUGUUCUGUGGCGCAAGAGCCACUCGGCACUUACGGCUCCUUCGCCCUAAUAGCUGCAAUAAAAGUCUUUAUUUUAA